GGCCUACACCUGACACGCCUUUGGCACUUGCUGUCGGAGCUCUCGUUCAUCAGUACCCGAAGGGAAGCUUACCUGGCUUACACCAAACACAGGAUCAUAUAGCGGAUCCUCGCUUUGAUUUCCGCAUCACUUCAGACACUCCCUGACACGUAGCCAUGUCGGACUCUGAACUGGAGGAGGUCUUCAAGAGCUUUUGCGCAUUUGGCGCUGGCUCCAAAGACACCACGGCGGCCAUGGACAACGCAAAGUUCGGCAAGCUGUUCAGGGACCUCAAACUCUACGAUAAGAAGUUUACAUCCACGGACACCGACAUCAUCUUCAACAGGCCCGAGGUAAAAUCCAAAACUGAAAGGAAGAUCAACUUCUCCCAGUUCAAGAAAGCCCUGGAACUGUGCGCCGAAAAAAAGUACGGCAGCAAGGGCGACGUCCAAAAGUUGAUCGACAAGAUUGUUGCCGGUAAAGGGCCAGGCACGUCAGGGGCCACAAAAGCAGUAAAGACUGGGGGCGUAGACAGGCUGACCGACACCUCCAAGUACACUGGCUCGCACAAGGAGCGGUUUGACGAAUCGGGGAAAGGGAAGGGCCUGGAGGGGCGGAAAGAUUUUGACGAAAAAGCUUCAGCUGGCUACGUUGGAGGCUACCAGGGGAAAGAUACAUACGACAAGACACACUAAAAUGGGACUGCUGGUUUGUUUUCUGUUGUCAAUAAUCAAGAAGUUCUCUUCGUCAAGUAGCUUGUAUCAUCAGCAAAUAGCAUCAGAGGAAAGUAAUCAGUGUAAUGUGAUAGAUCUUGUAUGAGCUAUUUUCUCUGUCAAAAGAGAUAUUUCCAUGUCUCGUAAAUUGCCUUUCUUAACUGUUGGUUGAAAUGUAUAAAGAUUCAUAUGUAUCCAACAAAUAUACUUAUACAUGUAAAUUUUGUAGGUCGUUUUUAGAGCUAUUAAAAGUAAUUAUGCAGUGUAUGAGAUUCUUAUUAGCUGUGUGUUCGAAUAAGAAAUGGCACAUUUUUUUUACGUAGUAACAAUGUCUCAUUUGGGCUACACAGUAGCAUGCCUGGACAGUGUUCUGGGCAUAAGAAUGGUAAAGGGAUGCUAAGUUUCCGUUGGAAUACACCGUUUCGGCAUGGUUGCCCGGUGGCCAGUUGAAAUGGUCCCUGCUAGCUCAGCCUUUUUCUCCAUUGCUGGUGAAGGUGACUCAAUUUAGCCAUAAGCUACAAGGUUACUCUAUGGGAGUCAGCUCGUGAGUCCAACGCCUCAUAGAUCCGACGCCUCAUAAGUCUGAAAAAUGCGUUAAAAAGUCCAUAAGUCAGACGCCUCAAAAGUCCAACAAUUCUUUAUAUAUAACAGGUUUUGCCCUUACCCAACGAAUAUUAAUAAGCACUGUAUGCUCAGUGCUUGUUCGAGAGCUUGC